AUGGCUUUUUUUAUCUCCAUGGAAUCGCCCAGAUUGAAGAGGUUGUAUCAAGUUUGGCACGGAAACAAUAGGUUCCUGUGUGGUGGAAGGUUGGUAUUUGGUCCGGAUGCUACUUCAAUAUUCCUAUCGAUGUUUUUGAUAGCUACACCAACAAUCAUAUUUUGUACUCAAGUUAUUGUCAAAAUCCAUAACCGCGAGAUGAAUCGAACUCAACCCCAAAGCCAUCAUAUACUUGGGUACCCAGUGCUCAUUGUCGCAAUGAUUCUCCUAGUCGCGGACUUGGCUUUCUUGAUGUUGACUUCUAGUAGAGAUCCAGGCAUAGUGCCGCGGAAUCUGUGGCCAGCGCCAGAAUUUGAACAAAGAUUUGACGGUGGCGCGAAUCCACCCAUGGAAUGGCCCAAUGGAUCAGCCAGUCAAAACUUGAGGCUACCUCGCACCAAGGAAGUGGAGGUAAAUGGAUUUAGUGUGAGAGUGAAGUACUGUGAGACAUGUUUGCUGUAUCGUCCGCCUCGGGCUUCUCAUUGUGCCAUCUGCAACAAUUGCGUGCAGAAGUUUGAUCACCACUGUCCGUGGGUUGGCCAGUGCAUUGGAUUACGCAACUAUCGGUUCUUCUUCAUGUUUAUACUGUCCUCGACCCUCCUCAGCAUUUACGUAUUCACUUUCUCGUGGCUAAACAUUCUCGAAGAAAAGAAGAACUACCACAAUUCGGUGUGGAAAUCCAUGAGCGGCCAGUUUGUGUCACUUGCACUCAUUCUCUAUAUUUUCUUUGUGGUUUGGUUUGUUGGCGGGCUCACAGCAUUCCACGCCUACUUAAUCAGCAAAAAUCAGACAACAUAUGAGAAUUUUCGUUAUCGCUACGACAAGAGAGAGAAUCCAUACAACAAGGGGCUACUAGGAAACAUAAAAGAUGUUUUCUUCACAAAGAUUCCUCCAUCAUUGAAUGAUUUUCGGUCUUGGGUGCUCGAAUUGGAUGCCUUCUCCACUGCUUCGAAUGGAGGGAUGAGCAUUAAAAGAUCAAAAGAGAUGAUUGACUUAGAAAUAGGCAAUGUGUCUGAUUUAGGUAGUAGCAGGCGAUUUUCUAGUGUCCUACAAAAUUUAGAUUGCAGUUCUAUCGACGAUAAGUUACAAGACAAAGUAAGAAGCAAAGAAGAUGAUUGUUAUCCGUUAGCUUUCCCCGGAAUCGAAGAACCUAUCGACGAAGAUCCACUAUACUCCAAGUCCAGUUGCUUGAAGGGGAGCAUGGUAAUGGAUGAGAAUUCAGAUGAGGAAAGUAUCUCGAAGUACUAA